AUGACGUCCAAAAUCGACAAGACAAUUGCUCGCCAGCAAGAAAAGAUUGCAGCAGGCUCCUACUACGAAGCCCACCAACAACUCCGCGUCAUCGCCGCCCGCUACCUCAAACAAUCCAACUAUGAUGCCGCCGCCGAAAUAUUAACGGGCGGCGCAAAAGCGCUCUUGAGAGCUGGCUCGCAACAGGGUGCCUCUGCUAGCGGUGGAGAUUUGGCGAUUAUGCUUGUUGUUGAGGUUUAUAAUAAGGCUGAGUGGGAGAUUAUUCCAGAGGAUGCGGAGUCGAGGGGACGGAAGAAGCGCCUGAUUGAGUUGCUGCGCGAGUUCCCUCCGGAUGAGCCAUCACGGAAGAGAUACAUAACCGAGAUGAUUAGCUGGAGUUCAAAGUUUGGUCCAUUAGAGCGCGGAGAUCCAGAACUGCAUCAUGCUGUUGGAUCUGUUUACGCUGAAGAAAACGAGCCAUAUGACGCAGAAAGACAUCUCGUCCUCGGUACCAUAGACUCCGCUGAGACACUUGCAAAACUAGAGUUCGAAUGGUACACAAGCGACGAAGCGCAUACAGCAGCCAUCUAUGCCUCCAGAGCAGUCUUGCCAUUCCUUCUCACGGCAAACCUGCGCAGCGCUAACAAAGCCCUUCUCAUCUUCACAUCGCGUCUCUCGGCUGCAAACCUUUCACUCGCUUCGCAGGAAGUCAGCAGCACAAGUUCUGACGUACGGAUCUAUCCGUCGUUGCCAUUACUCAACUUCCUCAGCCUUCUUCUGAUUGCGGUUCAGCGCGGUAGUGCAGAUCUAUUCCGAGAUUUGACGAGGCAUUACACCCCUCAUAUAAAGGAGGUCAGUAUCUGGGAUGAUGCUUUGGCGACUAUCGGGGAGAUGUACUUCAAUAUCAAGAUUCCAAGACAGGGAAAUCCGUUGUUGGAUAUGAUGGGUAGCAUGUUUUUCGGAGGUGGUCAGGGUGGUGGUAACCAGCGAGGCUCGGGGCGUCAGACCAGGAAGGUUGAGGCGGCUCCGGCCAGUGCAGAGUUGGACUGA